AUGAAUCCGUCUACACGACUUCAGGUUAUUCCACGAUCCUCAACAGUCCCAAUCCGGCCAAACCUCUCCACCUUCAUUGACUUGGCCCGUCAUGCCACAUUCCACGAAAAUCAGAGUGCCUUACCACCACAUGCUCGAGAAGCUCAAAGUAUUGCCUCGUCUGUGACUAUUGGUUCGGGCAUUUCAUACACCAUCACAAGAAAAGACAUUAUUCCAUGCCGGAACGACAGACUACCACCCGUGCACCAGCGAGGCGUCACCGUGAGCGCAAACCCCUCGCCGGCAGCGCAGCAAUCUAUGAUAGCCCGAGUUAUUUACAAGAUACCCAAGGUUGAUUUUUACGAGACAGGUGAAGCGAUGCCCGAGUCUUACGAAGCAUAUGCUUCUGUUCUGCGAGAUUUCUUGGUGCUUUCCCAUGAAUCGACUAUCUUACACGAGAACCUGUUGACUCUGUUGGGAUUGGCUUGGGGCAACAUGCCAGGCGAACAUCCAUAUAUGAUACCGGUUCCUAUUGUUGAGUAUGCCGACUUUGGAUGCCUCGCAGAUCUACAGAAAUCAAAGAAGCUCUGCAAUUCCCACAAGAUGCGGUUACUCAUGGAUAUGGCCACAGGACUUGAAUUUCUUCACAGAUGUGAUAUCGUACAUGGUGAUUUCAAGAGUGAGAAUGUUCUCAUAUUCGCUCAUGUCGACUCGCGGUAUUGUGCUAAACUGACUGAUUUUGGAUCUGCGUUGCCUGGAGGUCAGGGAGUGUUUGACGUCUACAAGAAUGGCACCGUACUCUGGGCAGCGCCUGAGAUCCUGGAAGGAAAUUCUGACACAGCGUGUCUUUCGGCUGCCGAUGUCUUCUCAUUUGGACUGACGCUCUGGCGAACAGCAAUAGAUGGGUUUGACCCCCUGAGCACAUUCAUGCUCUCCAGGAAUGAAGCGGCCACAGGCAUGCCUUCGGUUCGGACGCUGACCAAGCGCCCCUAUGUAAAUGCUGCUGCGAAGCUGUCAGCAGACAAGAAGCUGACCGAAUUGGCAUCUUCGGCUAUCUGGAUUCCAAAGCUAGAGCUCUUGCGUAUCUUCGGGACAAGGACGAGCUGUGGCUGCGAGCAAUCUCUUCGUGCAGGGGAUGUUCAGAAUCAGGAUACUAUAACCGAGGAGGCGUAUUUCGCAUGUCUCGACCGGAUCUUGGGCCAAACACUGCACCCUUGUCCGAACGAGAGAAGUAUUGAGUCCGCCAAGGUGGAUCUAGAGACACUGUAUGGCCGAGAUCCCAAGUAA